AUGCCCAAGGUCAACCGUCUUAAACAUUUGAGCCCAUCUCUUCUCAUAGUGCUUUCUAGACUAGCUUUCCCUGUCCUACGCCAGCGUGGUCGGCCUGUUGGAAGAUGUUGGAAUGCACCGCAACGAUUACUCGUGGCUACGUUCGGUUGCACACAUCUGGUUGAUACCCAACCUUAUUUGACACCAACAUUGGACGGGUUAUUUGUUCUGGGAGCAUCCCACCGGUCAACUGCUUGGAAGAUUUCCGCUCGCAAAAUACUCAAGCUUCUGCAUCGUCGUAUGGGGCAUUGUGCAGUGUUGCCAUGCUGGUAUCGUGAAUUAUCCCGGCGCUGUCGUGACGAGAAUAUUUCUCGGUGCUUUCGAGGCAGCUGUUACUCCUGGCUCGCUUUCUUCACCUCACAGGUUGUUCUAUGGACCAAUUCUCAGUUGAAAUCCGCUAAUAUGAUCCAGUGGUAUACGAAAGAAGAACAGGCUCUUCGGUCGGGCAUCUGGUUCAGUUUCAAUGGCGUAUUCCAAUUGGUGGGAGGCUUCCUGGCGUAUGGAAUCGUCAAGGCCGUGGCUCGCUAUGGAAAUCCAGUCGCUGCUUGGCGAGUGCUGUUUCUCUGCACAGGGCUUCUAACCGUUCUUCCUGGAGUGGAUUUUUACGUUCUGAUGCCUGACAGCCAAUUGAACGCUCGAUUUCUGUCCGAAAGGGAUCGUGCGCUUGCCGUACACAGAAUCCAGGUCAAUCAACAAGGCAUCGGCAACAAACAUUUCAAGAGGUAUCAGUUGAUUGAGACCUUGCUUGACCCCAGGACUUGA